AUGACUGCUCUCACCUUCUCACGCUCUACCCCUCCCAAGAAGACUCCGUGCACUGACUGGCUGGUCCUUUUCCCAGGACCUCCGGGACCUCCAGGUGUGCCUGGCCCGGCUGGACCAGAGGGUCCCUCAGGAAUGCAGGGGAAUGUAGGACCUCAAGACAACGCUGCUCUGAGGCAGCAGGUCGAAGCCUUGCAGGGAGCCUUCCUUCAGUAUAAGAAAGUGGAGCUCUUCCCCCACGGCCGAGGUGUUGGCCAGAAGGUCUUCAAGACAUCAGGCUUUCGGAAACCUUUCCUGGAGGCACAGGAAGUGUGCGCACAGGCUGGGGGGCAGCUGCCCUCCCCACGCUCUGCAGCUGAGAACGAGGCCUUGCAACAGCUGGUCGAUGCUGAGAACAAGGGUAAUGCGUUCCUGAGCAUGACUGACGCCCAGACGGAGGGCAGCUUCACCUACCCAGGAGGGGAGCCCCUGGUCUAUUCCAACUGGAACCUCGGGGAGCCCAAUGAUGAUGGUGGCAAUGAGCACUGUGUGGAGAUAUUCAGCAAUGGCCUGUGGAAUGACAUACCUUGUGAAGAGAGACGCCUUGUGAUCUGCGAGUUCUGAGCCCUCGGGGUGGGUGGGGCAGCCGUGGUCCAGGAGCCUGGCCCAGGCCCGUGUGCUGCUGACAUGACAAGGAAGAGCUGAGGGCUCUGUGGCUGGGCUUCUGCACAGAGCUGUGAGAUGAGGCCAGCCAAGGGCU